CGUAGGUACUGCACAGACCAAAGCACGUGAGUUUGAUAGAUUAUCUGGAGGGCGACGGCCUCCAAGUUAUGGACAACUGGCCAAAAUUUGGACACACUCUUCUCUCGCACGUCGCCAACAUGUUUAACUUCACCAUGGACCUCAUCGAAAUCAACCACUGGGAGAAGAACGACAGUAACGGUCCUCUGAUGAGCACCUUGAAGAGGGACGAUGCCGAUUUGGGCUACUAUCCGUCUAUCCUGACAAUCGAAAGAUACGGAUAUGCGCGUGUCAUUUUUCAACAAUGGCCCACGCGUACCUGUUUCAUGUUUCGUACCAUACCGGCGACGAAGAUGAAACCUUGGAUAAUACUAAAGCCGUUCGCAGCGGACACGUGGUACAUGAUUAUCGCGAUGUUGGUGGUCGCAAUUCUCAUUCUGUCCUGCAUACUGAAACUGGAACGUGCCAACGAUUACGGCUGUAGCAUUUCGGCAUUGAUCACCGUUGCCGCAUUAUGCCAGCAAGGUUUUCCUUCUCUCUCUGAUCAAUCGGCGAGUCGAAUCGCCCUCAUUCAUAUCACGAUCUUCGGCCUGUUGGUAUAUAAUUACUACGGGGCGGCGAUAGUAUCGGCUAGAUUCAACGAUCCCCUUCAAAAGAUGAAUGACUCGCUGUAUUCGCUGGCGCAUAGUAAGAUGCAGCUCGCGGCCGAGAAAAAUGUCUUUUUCGAUUUUCUGCUGCGGAACCAAAGACCGGAUGUGCAAUAUUUUAAGCCCUAUUGGAACGCUGUACCGGAAUGGAAGAGAUUUAUUCCGAUCGAGGAUGGCGUGGAGGGAAUAAAGAAGGGAGGCUUCGCUUAUCACGCGGAUCCGGACGAUAUCUAUCCAUCUAUCGAAGUCGCGUUCGAUAAGCAGAUGAUAUGUCAGCUAACGGAAGUUCAUCUAUUGCAACCCUCCGAGUUGGGCCUGUGGUGCAAUCUUAAAAGUCACUUUCACGAAAUCUCCAAAAUAGCAUUACUGAGGAUAUCUACGUCGGGACUUCGGCGACGAGAGAUACGUCGCCGGUCGGCCAGAAGGCCUUAUUGCCCAAGCAACGAGAUCUUUGUCUCUAGUGUGACAAUCUACGAAGCGGCGCCGAUUUUGAUUCUUCUGUUCUUUGGCGUGAUAAUUUCACUUAUCGUAUUUAGUAUCGAGCACUUUGUUUUCUACAUGAUGAAUUCAAAACGAACGUCAGGUAUUACACGAGGUAUUGUACCAAACAUUAAAUCAGACAUUAAACCAACCAUUAAACCAGGUAUGAGACAAGGUAUUAAACCAGACGUUAAAAAAGGCAUUAAAAUUAAUAAGAAAAAUAAGAUAUUGCUAAAAGAUAAAGCACCACCUACGAAUAACGUUAUUCUGGUGCUUCCAGAAGCAAGUCGUCUCUUCCAACAGGUGCUGAUGUCGAAACGAUACCAGUAAAGGAUAUGAAAAUAGGUACUGAUAAUAAUGGGAUUCUCAAUUGUUACGUAAAUUAUUUACCUGAUCAUCAUUACAUAUAGCGAAU